CUACGCUACAACAAACGUUCUUUAGCAGUCUGCAUUUGACAAAGACACCUGCUGGGUCUUGGUUAAUAUCCUGGCGCAGGCGAGCCUCGCGCCGAACUCGCUCUUCCCACAUUUGCCCACCAUGGCACCAACCUUCUCGCCAAGGUCGAUAAUCCUUACUGCCCUUCUUCUCUUUUCGACAAAUGUACUUGCCGUGUCUGCCGUCAUUGGUGUCGAUCUUGGAACCGAAUAUAUCAAAGCUUCGCUCGUCAAGCCCGGUAUCCCCUUGGAAAUCGUCUUGACCAAGGACUCGCGAAGGAAAGAGACAGCUGCCGUUGCCUUCAAGCCUUCCCAGCAUGCUCUCGAGAGUGGCUCCUACCCCGAAAGAGCCUACGGCUCAGAUGCCGUAGCUCUUGCUGCGCGAUUCCCUGGAGAUGUAUAUCCCAACCUCAAAACCCUUCUUGGCCUUCCCCUCGACGAUUCAAUAGUUGAAGAAUAUGCCGCGAGACACCCGAGUCUUCAACUCAAGGCCAAAAACAACCGGGGCACUGUCACGUUCAAGAGCAAGGCAACAGAGGCGGAGGAGGCUUGGAUGGUGGAGGAACUACUAGCUAUGGAGCUCCAGAGUAUCCAGCGCAACGCCGAAGCUCUUGCUGGGCCCGAUUCCUCCGUCCGUUCUGCUGUCAUCACUGUACCGCCUUUCUAUACGACUGAUGAGAAACGGGCUGUAGAAUUGGCGUGUGAGCUUGUCGGUCUCAAGGUUUUGUCUCUAAUUAGUGACGGCCUAGCUGUUGGGCUGAACUACGCUACCAGUCGGACUUUCCCAACCGUCAAUGAAGGAGGCAAGCCAGAAUACCACAUGGUGUUUGAUAUGGGUGCUGGCUCCACCAAGGCGACUAUUAUGAAGUUCCAAGGUCGCACAGUCAAGGACAUUGGCAAGUUUAAUAAAACUAUACAAGAAGUCCAGGUUUUAGGAAAUGGCUGGGACCGAACACUAGGUGGUGAUACUUUCAACUACCUGAUCGUCGAUGAUAUGACCUCUAAGUUUAUAGAGAGUUCUGCUGCCAAAAAGGCUGGCGUCACUGCUGAGGGUGUACGCGGACAUGGACGCGCCAUGGCUAAACUUCUAAAAGAAGCUGAGAGAUUGCGGCACAUCUUGAGCGCAAAUGUCGACGCAGCUGGAAGCUUUGAAGGGCUUUACGAGGAUAUCGACUUCCGAUACAAGAUCACACGGAUAGAUUUUGAGAAGAUGGCGGAGUCCCAUGCCGAAGGGGUUGGUGUCGCCGUUCAAAAGGCUCUAGAUGUAGCUGAGCUCGAUGUCACACAACUCGACUCUAUUAUUCUUCACGGUGGUGCUUCUCGGACCCCAUUUGUCCAAAAGGAACUUGAGAAAGUUGCAGGCGGUGACAAGCUUCGCAGUAACGUUAACUCAGACGAGGCCGCCGUAUUCGGUGCCGGUUUCAGAGCUGCCGAGCUAAGCCCAAGCUUCCGCGUCAAGGAGAUUAGGGUCUCUGACGGAGCUGCCUACGCUGCAGGGAUGAAAUGGACCAACCCUAACGGCAAAAUUCAGCAGCAGCGACUUUGGACUGAGCGAUCUCUGCUUAGCGCCGCGCCCAAGGAGGUCACGUUCACGAAUCAUGAAGAUUUCUCUAUUCGAUUUUUCCAGCAAGUCCCAUCGACUGAAGGAUUUGUUGAAAAGGAGGCGAAGGAAAUUAAAACCAAGAAUUUGACCGCCACUGUAGCUUCACUCGUCGUGAACCAUGGCUGUGUCGAGGCAGAUAUCCAACUAAAGUUUCAGCUUCGGCUAAGCCCUGAAAACGGCGAAGUGCAGGUUGCUAAGAGCUUUGUUGAGUGUGAGACCGAGGAAGCUGAAAAAGAAGGUAUCAUGGGUGGUGUGAAGAACUUGUUUGGGUUUGGCAAAAAUAAGGAUCAAAAGCCCCUGGCAGAUGGUGAAGAGAGCAGCGAAAGCGAGACUACGUCUGCAGAUACCGCUACAACGUCAUCGACGGAAUCUGCCGCUAGUCCCUCCUCCUCUGCUGAAUCCACCGAAGAUGUUGAAACCCCCAAGAAGAGGGUUGUGACCAUCCCAAUAGGUUAUUCUAUAGAAAACCUAGGCAUCCCUAGUUUGUCCAAGUCAGAUCUUACGAAAGGAAAAGAUCGUCUCAAGGCUUUUGAGACAUCCGACAAGGCUCGCCGUCUUAGGGAAGAGACCCUCAACCAGCUAGAGGGCUUUACAUACAAAAUCAGAGAUCUACUAGACUCUGAUACAUUUGUUGCGGCGUCUACCGAAGAAGAGCGAGCCAAGCUGGAGAGCAAGGCUAGUGAGGCUAGCGACUGGGUCUACGGUGAUGGAGCAGAUGCCCCUCAAAAAGAGCUCAAGUCAAGGCUCAAGGAGCUUAAAGACCUAAUGUCUCCCAUACAAUCGCGCAUGGAGGAGUCUUCUAAACGGCCGGCGAUGGUUAAGUCUUUGAAAGACUCUUUGAACCAAACCAACACUUGGAUUAAGACAAUUAAAGAGCAGAUUGCUGAAGCCGAGGCUUUCGCUUCUUCUAUAAGCGCCAGCGCAAGUCCAUCAACGGAGGCCGCGUCUAGCGUCACCGAAGCACCAUCUCAAGGUGCUGGCGAAUUUGAUGGGCUUGAGGACGAACAAAGUACAACAGCAUCGACUACUACGGCCGUGGAAGAUCGGGGCCCUCCUCCACCCCUAUAUACCUUAGACGAUAUGAAGGAGUUGACGGAGCUAUAUGACUCCAUUGUAAGCUGGCUAGAAGAGAAGAUUGCAGAACAAGACAAACUUCCUGAGACGGCUGAUCCUGUCCUGCUCGUCAAAGAGAUUACGGAAAAGACGAAGAAAUUAGAGAAAGCGGGCGUGGAUAUGGCCAUGAGGAGCGUCAAGAAGUUUGAGUCCAAGUUUAAGAAGAACAAUAGCUCAAAGAAGACGUCGAAGACCAAGACUAAGAAGAGUACUACCAAAACCAGCCAGGAUGGCUCAGAACCAACAAUAGACAUCAAAUUUGGUGAGAACGGAGAGAUGCCAUCAGCGGAGGAGAUCGAGGAGAUGAUCAAGAAGUUGGCACAGGAGCAAAAGAGCAAAGACGACGCAAAGACGAAGCAUGACGAAUUGUAAUACAGUAUAUCACAGGCAGUAUAGAUGGUUUUGUUUGAUGGAUGAAUACAGUGCGAUUUUCUCCCUUCAGAUGGCUGUCAGAAAUUGUACAACUGGCCGUCCCUUCCGGAUUAUGUGGUAGAUUAAAGUGCCGAUGGAAUGAAAUACUGGUGGGACUGGACUUCCCAGCGUACGCCCAUUACGUUUCAAACGCCAUUCUCAGUACAAGUGGUAUCGCAUAUAACAGCGCUUUCUGCCUGCGGUCGGGCCGCGACAGCAUAUUAGAUGCAAGGCAGCGGUUGAUGUCACACCAGAUAGGAGAGCCACAACGGGUUGUACUACAGUAAUGAGCUUC